AUGACGAAGCGCAUGAAGGUAUAUAUCUUUGCAUUGGGAUUGUUAGUAACAGUUCAAGUGCUUGCACAGACAACAGCUCCAGAAGGUGAUAUGAACGCAGGUUCUAUAUUGGGUGGUGCACAGCCGGGUGAAGAGCCCAAAGCUGAAGCGCCAGCUGGUGAAAUGGGUGCAGAACCCAACCCACUAGCUCCCAGCCCUACAGAAGGCCAGCCUCCAGCACCUAGCCCCUCAGAAUCAAGUCCGGAAGGCAAAGAAACACCACCUGGUGGUCUUCCUGGCAUGGAUGAGAACAAGCCAUCUUCCCCCGAGAAUCCAAAUGGCCCUCCUACCCAGGACCCAUUGGCUCCCGGCCAAGAUGCGGGUACGAAAGAGCUAUUGGACCAAACCGAGCCCAAAGAGAAAGAUCAGUCAGGCGAAGAGAAGAAGGAGAAAGAGAAGGAUCCAUUUGACCUAGAAGGUAAGAAAGACAAGAAGAACGACGAGUCGAAAGACCCUCUAGCUUUAGGUGGUAAGAAGGAAGACAGGGACCCAAUGGCUCCUGAAGGCCAGAAAGACGGCCAGAAAGACGGUUUAUUGGAUGAUAAGGAGAAGAAGGGUAAUGUUGACCCAUUGAACGCGGAAGGUAAGAUUGGUGAGAAGAAGGAUGAGAAGAAGGAUGAGAAGAAUGGAGAGAAGAAGGAUGAGAAGAAUGAAGACCCUCUGGCAUUGGGUGGUAAGAAAGAAGACAAAGAUGCUAAGAAGGACAAGGAUGGUAAAGUUGAGGACAAGUCUAAUCUAGGACCAAACGGCGAGCCUAUUAAGGACAAGGACGACAAAACCCCCAAAGACCCACUGAGUCCAGAAGGUAAGAAGGACAAAGAUGGCAAAGACCUUAAGGACCCAUUGAACCCGGAUGCAAAGAAGGACAAAGAUGGCAAAGACCUUAAGGACGACAAAGCCCCCAAGGACCCAUUGAACCCGGAUGCGAAGAAGGACAAAGAUGGCAAGGACCUUAAGGAUGACAAAGCCCCCAAGGACCCAUUGAACCCGGAUACGAAGAAGGAUGGUAAAGGUGAGGACAAAUCGGCCAAAAAGGCUGGUGAAUCUGAUGAGCCUGCUUUAGGACCAAAUGGCCAGCCUCUUAAAGGCAAGGAUGGCAAGCCAUUGAACAAGAGUGAUGUUGAACUAGACGCCCAAGGUAACCCAAAACUUGACGAAAAAGGCAAUCCAGUGAUGAAGAACAAAGACGCUAAGACCGACAAGUCCCAACUCAACAAGGAUGGCAAACCUUUACUUGACAAAGACGGUAAACCCCAACUCGACAAAGACGGUAAGCCACUACUUGACAAAGAUGGUAAACCCCAACUCGACAAGGACGGCAAACCACUACUUGACAAAGACGGUAAGCCUUUAGUUGACAAGGACGGCAAGCCUCAACUCGACAAAGACGGCAAACCCCAACUCGACAAAGAUGGUAAGCCCUUACUUGACAAAGAUGGUAAGCCAAAGCUCGACAAGGAUGGUAAGCCACUACUUGACAAAGAUGGUAAACCCCAACUCGACAAAGAUGGCAAACCUUUACUUGACAAGGAUGGUAAGCCACUACUUGACAAAGACGGCAAACCACUACUUGACAAAGACGGCAAGCCACUACUUGACAAAGAUGGUAAGCCCUUACUUGACAAGGACGGUAAGCCUCAACUCGACAAAGAUGGUAAGCCAAAGCUCGACAAGGAUGGUAAGCCACUACUCGACAAAGACGGCAACCCACUACUUGACAAGGACGGUAAGCCACUACUUGACAAGGACGGUAAGCCUUUAGUUGACAAGGACGGUAAGCCUCAACUUGACAAGGAUGGCAAGCCACUACUUGACAAAGACGGCAAGCCACUACUUGACAAAGACGGCAAGCCAAAGCUCGACAAAGACGGCAAGCCACUACUUGACAAAGAUGGUAAGCCCUUACUUGACAAAGAUGGUAAGCCUUUAGUUGACAAGGACGGUAAGCCUCUUAAGGACAAGGACGGUAAGCCUUUACUUGACAAAGAUGGUAAGCCAUUGACCGGUGCUGAUGGUAAGUCUCUUAAAAAGGACGAUGUUGAACUUGACAAGGAUGGAAAGCCAAAGCUCGACUCAAAAGGAAAGCCUAUUCGCAAGAACAAGAAGAACAAGAAAGGUGGAAUAGAAAUCAAUAACAAUGAUGUUGAAAACAAUGAAGAUCUAAAAGAUGUCCAAAACAAUGUUAACAACGACGUUGAAAUGGUUCCAGGAAACGCCAAGGGCAAAUCUCCCAACGCACCAACUACCGAUGCUAAGCAAAAUCUAACUGCUGAUAAAGCCAAAGGUACUCCCGAAGAAGAAAAGGCUAAAGAGAAAGCUAAGCAAGAAGAAGCCGCUAACCCUGGAAGCAAAGCUGCCGCUGAUAAGAAGAAAAAGAAGCGCCGAUCCGGCCCAAACGUUGAGAUUAACAACAAUGAAACUAUUAACAACGAAGACCUAAAAGAUGUUAAGAACAAUGUUCACAAUGACGUCAAUAUGGUCCCCGGACCGAACGGCCAGCCAGCCAAAUCUGCCCAAAAAAGCGACUCCACGACCGAUACUACUAAGGCCCAAGAACAGAAGAAGAAAGUCGAGGUAGGUCAGGAGGACAAGAAAGACCAGACUGACCAACCGCAAGAUGUAGAUGACGGUGUGAGUGAUUAUGAGCCAGGAAAAACCGUUAUUAACAACAACCGAACUCGGAAUAACAAGAAGAGACACAACCAAGUCAACAACAUCCACAACCGCAUCCAGAUGGAAGGCGGAGAUAGCCGAGACGUAGCUAAUGCUUUGAAUGCAGUCAACGAUAACAACUCCAAAGACUCAUUGCAAAACAACCAGCAAGAUGAUAAUGCGCGCCAAGACAAACUAAAUGAACAAAAGAGCCGAGAUGACUUUAACGCCAGAGCCGACAAGUCCACUCAAUUCGCUUUAAAUAGUAAGAACGGCCAGAACUCCAAAGAAUCUAUUGCUGAAAACGACAAUGUGUCAAAAGACCAGUCCAAAGAAGAUUCAGACAACGCCAAGCACAACUGCCAAGAUGGCUCCUGCGGCUCCAAAAAGAACCAAUCCGAUGACACAACCUCCAAAGCAGCCUUAGAAAGCCAGUCCAAAGAAGCCAAAGAAUCCAAAGAAAGCCGAUCUAGGGAAGCCUCAGAAAAUCAGUCCAAAGAAGCCUCAAACAACACCAAGCAUAACUGCCAAGAUGGCACCUGCGACUACAAAAAGAGCCAAUCCGAUGACACAACCUCUAAAACAGCUAUAGAAAACCAGUCCAAAGAAGAUUCAGACAGCGCCAAGCACAACUGCCAAGAUGGCUCCUGCGGCUACAAACAGAGCCAAUCUAACGACAAAACCUCCAAAGAAGCCUUAGAAAGCCGGACCAAAGAAGCCUCGGACAACACCAAGCACAACUGCCAAGAUGGUAGCUGCGACUACAAAAAGAGCCAAUCUAACGGCACUGCCUCAGAAAGCGAGUCCAGAGAAGCCAUGUCCAAAGAAGCCAAAGAAAGCCGGUCCAAGGAAGCCUCAGCCAACACCAAGCACAACUGCCAGGAUGGUAGCUGCGCUUACAAGAAGAACCAAUCCAACGGCACAUCCUCUAAAACAGCCUUAGAAAGUCAGUCCAAGGCCGCCCAAGAAACUCAGAACAAUGCACACAAAGUCGACGCCAACUGCCAGAGUUGUGGACAGAAAAGAGGCCAAUCUGGCAGCAAACAGCAAGACAGUGGUGUGACCAAAACAACCACUAAAGAGACUAAAUCUCUAGAAGAACGCCAAGCCAACCAAAACAGCACCAACCAGUCCAUGAGCCAAAGCCAAGGCCAGUCAGCUUCCAAUCAAAAAGCAUCAGGCCGUAAAACUUGCCAGCGUUGCCGAAAGCCUAUCGCAACCAGCGAGGAGAUGGCCGCCUUUGCCGCCAAGCAAGGAAGCAACUCCGCCAACAAGUCCAAAACUUCCUUAGAAAAGGAGUCCUCCAAGAAAGAGUCUAAGGCUAACCCCGACCCCCGAGUUAAAUAG